UUUAUUUCCCACCGGGUCAAACCCUUUAUUUAGUCUGACCCAAAAUACUAUGUUGACAAUAUAGUUAUUUCCCUUGAUUGUUUCCCUAUUUCUCUUCACUUCCUGCUGCAAGAAAUAGAUUCGUUAUUCUUUAUUAUGUGGACCUGGAAAUGGAAAUUAAUAUCUGCUGUAAAAGUUCUUUUGAAGUUAUGAUUGUUCCCUCUACCUCAGCUUCUCAUUAUUUGUGAUAUCUGGUAAUAUUGAUGUGACAAUUUCCCCACAGAAGACACAUCAGCAGAUCAAUGAAGUAUCUGGAAAACUAAAGAAUGACUUCAUGAGGAUAACAUGAUAGAGGUCUUCUAACUUGAAAUUGACUGGAAGUGUAUGUUCUGGCUUGAUUAUGUAUGGUUGAACUCAAGAAAUUUAAUAGAAAGCAUCACCAGCCUUAUGUGUAAUGUCUAAGGUAUCUGGGUGUACUUUGAGAACUGGAUCAAAUUCCAUCAUGUGUGACAGGAUUGGAUUUAAUUUAAAAAUUAUAAUUAAGGAGAAUGACUUUUAUCUGAAAAGAGUAUAUGAGAUAUAACUAUAAAAAAUAUUCCAAAUCUUAAUUUAUAUUAAUCCCUAAAAAUAAUGUGUAUCUUCAUAAAUUCCUGCCCAGUAAUCUAACCUCUUAAUCGCAGUAUCACUUUGCUUUAUAAAACAUUGAAUUUAAAAAAAAAAAAAAAAGAAAAAUAUAAAGAAGGAAUUCUGUUUGUAUUCUGUGAGGAAUGAAUGACAUUAUGGAAGAGAGACUGAGUGAGAGUGAGGAAAUACAAUAUGAGAAUAAUGAUUUUCCUCAACCAGAUAAAAAAGGUAUGCAGAUGAAAUCAUAUGGCUGUGACAUCAGUGCAAACCCCUUCAUGAAUAUUAAGGACACCAGUGAACACAAUUUACUUGAUACAAAAUCAAAUGUUUACCACUGUAAAUUUUGUGAUAAAGAUUUUACUACAUGUAGUUCUUUGCUAUCACACAAAUGUAUUCACACAGAUGAGAAAACAUUUCUCUGUGAUAUCUGUGGUAAAAUUUUCUCUUGUAAGGAUGACUUGACUGUUCACAAAUGUACACAGACAAGUAAGAAAACAUUCAACUGUGAUGUCUGUGGGAAAAUGUUUUAUAAGAAUUAUGAUUUAACUCGUCAUGUACGUAUUCACACAGGUGAAAAACCAUUCCGCUGUGAUAUCUGUGGUAAAACAUUUUGCCAGCAGUCUCAAUUAAAUGUUCACAUACGUACUCACACAGGUGAGAAACCAUAUCAUUGUGAUAUCUGUGGUAAAACAUUCUCUACAAAUACUUUAAUUCGUCACAUACGUACUCACACAGGUGAGAAACCAUACCACUGUGAUAACUGUGGCAAAUCAUUUUCUCGAAAUUAUAAAUUGAUGAGUCACAAAUGUACUCAGGCUAAUGAGAAGCUACACUCCUGUGAUGUCUGUGGUAAAACAUUCUCUCAGAAUUCUGUCUUAGUUCAUCACAUGCGUAUUCACACAGGUGAGAAACCUUACCACUGUGAUAUCUGUGGCAAAAAAUUUUCUGCAAGUUCUCACUUAACUCGUCAUGUACGUACUCACACAGGUGAGAAACCCUACCACUGUGAUAUCUGUGGCAAAGCAUUCUUUUGUAAUAGUGAAUUGACUAUACACAUAUUUAGUCAUACAGGUGAGAAACCACAUAAUUGUGUUAUCUGUAGUAAAACAUUUACUACAAAAUUUCACUUAACUCGUCACACACGAACUCACACAGGUGAAAAACCAUACCAUUGUGAUAUAUGUGAUAAAUCAUUUUCCACAAAUUAUCAGUUAACUGUUCACAAAUGUUCUUACAUGAGUGCGAAUGCAUACUACUGUGGUAUCUGUGGUAAAACAUUUUACCGACAUGGAGAUUUCACUAUUCACAAGCGUACUCAUACAGGUGAAAGUAUAUAACUGAUAUCUGUGCUGAAACAUUCCAAGGAAAUUCCCACUUGAUUUAUCGUGUAUGUACUUCUACAAGCGCAAAAUUAUAUCACUGAUAUCUGUAGUAAAUCAUUUUCUCAGGAUUAUGAUCAGACUAUUCACAGUUGUACUCCCACAAGUUAGAACCCAUACUACUGAUCCACAUUACCAUAGUUAAUUUGUCUACUGAAUGUGUUGCUAGGAUCCAAGUCAGUUCUAAUUUGUUAUGGCUGCCCUUACUACUUAAUGUUUUGACGCAAUUUCUACAGCAGGAUCCUCUUCCUAACUGUAAACCAAUUUACAGAGUGUACUGGGUUCAUUUUGUCAUGGCUCCAGCUCUAGAAAGAUUGUCAUGUCCUUGACAUGACAGCCUCUCACUCUUUGUGCUUGUUUGUCAGCCACUUUAUGGACUUGUCUUCCACUCAUAAGAGUUCUCACUUAACUACAUUGUUUCUGUUUGUUAAGCACAACGUAGAAGAGAUGGCAGUUGUAGAAGAUGGACUUUGGUCAGACAGACGAAGACACAAUAUUAUGAAACGGAAACAAUGAUUGUGGUGACAGUAUGAAAGAGGAGGGAGAAAUGGAAAAUGUAUGAGGAGAAGUACUGGAAGAGACAAAGUAAUGGCAAGAAUGUGAUGGAUGUCAAGUGGAGUAGUAAUUAGUCAUACAGAAGGCUAGUGUUAGCUUCUGAGAGAGUAUGCAAAGUGAUGAGUAAUUGAGAUGAUGAUAGAGUGUGAUGGAUGUUAAUAAAAGAGUGAACUGAUGGAGAGGGAGUAUGAUUAGUUAUGUGGGAGGGUAAAUGGAGAGGUCUGUUGGAUAACAACAGAUCCAAUGCAAAUCUUCAUUACUCAGGAACUAUGAUGAGAGAAAGAAAGGAGUAGUUUUGUAUGGUCGUUGGUGAGAAAAGAGAUCUCAUGUCUUUCUUCAUCAGAAAACUGUUAUAGGUGAGGAGUGAAAGAAAGAUGAGAGGAUAUUGAAUAGGGAUGAGAGACAGCAGGAGAUCAGUAUGGACAAAAUGGGCAAAAGAUUGAGAUAUUGAUAUAUUCCAGUCUCCCACCAUUACUCCCAUUUUAAUGUACAUUUUUCUAUGCUUACAUAGAUGGUUAGGUCUUCUCAAGCAUCAUGUAUUACUAAUCAACAUAGUCUUUUAUUUUCUCUAUGAGCUGUAACAUCUUAAUAUGAGUUUUCCUUUCUUCACUCUAAGUCUUCCUUAAUCUCUCUCUCUUUUACAGAUUCCUUUCACAUUGUACACAGUGCAGACUGUAAAUAUAGUAAAGUUACUGGGUUUUAGAGUGCAAUAGUCCUACAUAAGUGAUACAUAGGAGAGAAUUCUUUAGUUUUGUGUGAGUGUGAGACUUUGUGUUUCUGUUGUUUGACAUUUACAUUUGACAUUUUCCCAAUGGUUUGAAAUUUAUCUUUAAAUAUAGAUAAAAGCUCUAGCUUAUUUUUGUAAACUUUGUUCCACGAUGCUUAUUAUAAAAGCAUCUAUAUUAUACUAGACUGGAAAAUGCAAGCAAAGGAUAAUAAUAUUAACUAUUUAAUAAAUCUGGAUUAAUACAGGACAAGAAGUAAGUUUAGAAUAAAAGAAAAGAGUUUUAAAUUUGAAUGAGUUGCCAAUUGAAUAAAACAUUCAAAUAAGCCAAGCCAUUCAAUACUGAUCAACCAUCUUUCACCUAAGAAGUAAGCUUAAAAUACAGCAACUAAAUAUAAAAUUUGAUAAAAAUAAUCUGAUGCUUCAUCAUAAAUUCCCAUGUAUCAAAAAUGAAUAUUUUCAAAUCAUCAUCAUCAUCAUCAUCGUUUAACGUCCGCUUUCCAUGCUAGCAUGGGUUGGACGAUUUGACUGAGGACUGGCAAGCCAGAAGGCUGCACCAGGCUCCAAUCUGAUCUGGCAUAGUUUCUACAGCUGGAUGCCCUUCCUAACACCAACCACUCCAAGAGUGUAGUGGGUGUUUUUAUGUGCCACCGGCAUGAGGGCCAGUCACAGUACUGGCAACGGCCACACUCAAAAGGGUGUUUUUUACGAAUGAGAUUAAAAAUUAUAUAAACAUAUGAGGGUGAAUUAAUAAAAUUAUAUGUGAUAAAUAAAAUAAAAUAAUGU